ACGCGGCGCCGGCCGGGCGGCUCCGCGCGAGCGAGGGGAGAGACCGGCGCGGGGGGGAGGGGAGGCGCGAGCUCCCACCGCACCGGCACCAGUACCAGUGGGGGCGGGGGCCGGGGCCGGGGUCGGCAGGGCCAAGGCCGGGCUGGGCCGGCGCUCCCCGGCGGCCCGCAGCGAGCCGCGGCCUUGUCCGCACGUGGGGCCUGGCGGCCACCGGCGAGGACGGCCCCUCAGCGAGGCGGGAUCUCCCGCCGGGCCGCUGCUCGCCAUGCCGCCGCCGGAGCCGGAGGCGGUGCCCGAGUCGGUGCUGGAGCAGUGGCGGCAGUACAACGAGACCGAGCGGCAGUGGGGGCUGCGCCGCCGCUUCAUCCUCCGCCACCUCCACGGCUACCCCGGCGCCGCCAUAGACCAGCUCCUCUCGCUCUCCGUCCUCUGGACCAACCACGUCUUCAUGGGCUGCAGAUAUGGCAUGCAGGUCAUGGAGAAGGUUCUCAAGAUGGCUGAAGGCAUUGAUAUUGGGGAAAUGAGGACGUACGAGUUGGUCCCUAGCAGGAAGCUAAAAAGAUACCACUCUCCAUCUGACACUCCAGAGCCAGAAGAGAUUCCUGAGCCGCCCAAAAAGAUGGUCCCCAGGUUCCGGGUGCGACCACGUUUUGAACCGAUACACUUUGUCACCAGUGCUGAGAAGGUUGACAAGAAGGAAGAUUCUAUGGAUAACCAAACGCAGGAGGUGAACCAGGAGGCACACACAAACAGCAUAGUGCAGCCAGCUGAAAACUGUACGAAUUCUUUUGUGAGUGCACGGGAGACGGAUCCCCAGCUCUCCAACUCAGCUGGGUUUGGCUUUGCAGGCCAGGCAGCAGCAGCCCAGAAGGCUGUGAAUAGUAUGGACUCCACCACGAGCAGCAUGUCGCAGGUUUCUGCUUCUCCUUCAACUGCCCAGUCUGCAUCAGAGACUUUCCCUCCAUCAGCUAUAAUGCUGAAGCAGAGUUUUAUUGAGAAACUGUCAGCAGCUGUCUGGAAAAAUCUUACUAACCCAGAUGCAAACACUGGGACUGAUAAAAUUAACUAUACGUAUCUUUUGACACGUUCAAUUCAGGCAUGCAAGACAAAUCCUGAAUAUAUUUAUGUUCCUCUGAAAGAAAUUGCCCCUGCUGACCUCCCCAAGAGCAAGAAGCUCCUAACAGAUGGCUUCGCAUGUGAAGUGCGAUGUCAGAAUGUCUACCUGGCCACCGGUUACGCUGGCAGCAAAAACGGAUCCAGGGAUCGCGCCGCAGAGCUGGCAGUCAAGCUGCUGAAGAAGUCUGUGGAAGUUCGAGUUGUUCAGCGGAAGUUCAAGCACACCUAUCAUGAAGACUUGGUGGUGUGCGAGGCAAGCGUGAGUCGCCCAGAUUUCCCUCCUGCUCUUAAACCUCACGAGGAGUUUGUAGUUGCCAACAGGGACUGUGUCCCGAUGCAGCCUGGUACUGAAUCCGUGAAAGGUUCCACUAAUACCAACAAACACUGGACUAGUUUUGUCCUCACAGAGAAUGCCAGCGAUGCAAUAGGAAUACUUAACAAUUCUGCCUCAUAUAACAAAAUGUCUGUUGAAUAUAAAUAUGAAUUAAUGCCCAACCGCUCGUGGCGUUGUCAGGUGUAUCUACAAGAUCACUGCCUAGCUGAGGGAUUUGGCACGAAGAAGACCAGCAAGCACGCAGCAGCCGAGGAGGCAUUGAAAAUUCUGCAGAAGAUGCAGUCAAAUAUAGCAGCCAUCAAGGUGACCCAAGUUCAGAAAGUGGGCUGCUCGUCGCGGGGCUCUGGAAGGAAGAAGGACCUGAAGGACCUCGUGAUUUAUGAGAACUCCAGCAAUCCAGUGUGUACGCUGAACGACACCGCCCAGUUCAACAAGAUGACGGUGGAGUAUGUCUUUGAAAGGAUGACCGGCAUGCGAUGGAAAUGCAAGGUGCUGCUUGAAGACGAAUUCAUCGCAGAAGCAGUUGGAGUGAAGAAAUCUGUCAAGCAUGAGGCAGCAGAGGAAGCUGUGAAAAUCCUCAAAAAGACUCAGCCAACUGUUGUUAAUAACCUGAAGAAAGGCACCGUCGAAGAUGUCAUCUCCAGAAAUGAGAUUCGGGGUCGAUCAGCAGAAGAGGCUUUCAAACAGAAGAUCAAAGAAGACAACAUUGGGAAUCAAAUUUUAAGAAAGAUGGGCUGGACAGGCGGUGGCCUAGGGAAAGAUGGUGAAGGGAUUAGAGAGCCAAUUUCAGUGAAGGAGCAGUUUAAAAGGGAAGGACUCGGGCUUGAUGUAGAAAGGGUGAACAAAAUCGCUAAAAGAGAUAUUGAAGAGAUCAUUCGAAACUAUGCACGCUCAGAAAGUCACAUUGACUUGACUUUCUCUAGAGAACUGAACAUGGACGAGCGGAAGCAGAUACAUCAGAUCGCCCAAAAAUAUGGUCUUAAAAGUAAAUCUCAUGGGCAGGGCCACAACAGAUACUUGGUGGUAAGCAGGAAGCGGCGCAAGGAAGAUCUCUUAGACCAGCUGAAGCAAGAAGGCCAGGUUGGGCAUUACGAGCUUAUUAUGCCUCAGGCAAACUGAGGUCAGGUGUCCCAUUUGACCGGAGACUGAGCUUCCUGGAUAUUCAAUUGAAGAAAGAGAUGCUGCAUUUUUCUUGUUGUGGGUUAUAUUAACGUUAAAGUCUUUCACUUCGUUAAUAUAAUUUCUAAAAUGUUGUUAGACGUUUAGAACCAACCAAGUUCUGUUCAAGUAUAUUAGCACAACCCAAAAGCAGUAGUGCUGUUACUGUAUGUGUCUUUGAUAUUACUUGCUCCUUCACAUUUUAAUAGUUUUAUAAUAGGAAAAACCACCAUGUCCAACAAGAAGGAAUUUGGCAUAAUUUAAAAUCAUAGUUCCCUUAUUAUUCUUGACCAAGGAAGGAAAAAAAAAUGCCUUUUUUUUUUUUUUUUUUUUACAAAAAAAAGUAAAAUAAUAAAAAGCAAAGGAAAUGCAGUCUGGGGGAGUAAACCUGUAUGUAAAGUUGGUAUUAAUGACAAUAAAAAUAAAGUUUUAUUUCUGGAAAAAAACAGGAUUUGUCACACUUUGUAAAAAAAAAAAAAAAAAAAGUGUGAAAACUGCGUUUAUUCUUGAUAAAUACAUAUAGUGCUCUUGUCUCUGCCAUAUAUGUGUGUAGAGAGAUGUCCUUAACCAGUUUAACAGCACGCUUUUAUUCAUAGAUUUCUGCCUUGAGUCUCCCGUACUGAGAGUUACUGAAUGCACCUUAAUUGUCAGCGUAUCGGACUAGGAUAAUUCCAGUGUGGUUUUGCCUUGACAUGUGCAAAUACCACGGUGAAGUGUGACAUAUGAAAUCCGGAGGUAAACGCAGAGCCCACGCAGCAAAGAUGCUCCUGUAGCUUGUGGGGACUGUUAUAUAACUUAUUUUUUUACUUCGAAUAUAAGCUCUUUAAUCCUGAGCAAAAUCAAAUCUGUGCCUAAUUAUUUCUGUGCUCCGUGACUGUACCUGCGCUUGUGUAUAUCAAGGGCGAUUCACAAGUAAAGGUUGUGGUGUUGCUCUGAGGUGUGCUGUGAGUGUGGCCUCUCUCCGGGACGCCAGAGCGCUGGCUCCUUGCCGAUGGGCAGGGCCGUGGGACACGGUGCUUCCCGAGCCUCGCAGGAACGCUGGCUUCGUACUUGGGAAAUGUAGAAGUCAGGAAUUGACCUUGGAAGAGCCAAGAGCAAGACGUGCUGAGAGAUGCUGGGUUUUUCCUGUCACCAGUAGGGCCAGCUGAUGAUUCUUCAGCGCAAAGCCAGUCCUAAUGAAAUAUUUUCUGUUCUCCUGUCGCCUUGUGUCUCAGCAAUUGCUUUUGUUUUUCUGCUGCCUGUAUUUG